AUGUACCAGUCAGCGCGGAAAGAAAGACUUCACCUGCAGGCGGGAUCGACGGCGGAAUUGACGGGGGAGAUUGCGUCAAAACAUCUUUCAGCGGAGGUCACGGCGCGGAAGGCACGCACCCAGAUAUCGGAGCUGAAAGUCGGGUCGGCGUCGAUCACUGGUUCGAAGGAGAUUCUUGCUGCGGCUUCUGGCUUCUUUAAGAACAUUUUUGGGAAGGAUCGCCGCACUGACCGAGAUGGUUGGAGUUUCAAUCCUUCUCACCGCCUGGAUGGGUGGGUGGCUGAGACACUUACAAGAGAAUGGUCAGAACAGGAGGUUAAGAAUGCUUUUGCAGCAAUGGCGCGGAACAAGUCACCAGGCAGCGAUGGUUUACCCAAGGAGCUGUUUGAGGCGCAUUGGGACCUGUUGGGGGAAAGCUUCAUGGCUAUGGCAAAGGAUUUUGAGGGUUCAACUGUGUUGCCGGCUGAGAUCAAGGAGGCGGUGACGAUUUUUCUGCCCAAGAAAGGUGACAAGGAGAGUUUAAACAAUUAUCGGCCGAUCACGCUGCUGAACUUCACGUACAAGGUGCUUGCUCGGGUUGUCGCGGACCGGAUGAAGUCGGUUUUGCAUAUGGUUAUCUCACCGGAGCAGUAUGGCUUCAUCCCUGGUAGGCGUCUGUCAGAUGCGGUCGCCUUGGUGGCAGAUAUAAUCGAGGGUGCGAAGAAUGAUAAGGACGACUGCUACAUGCUUCUGGUGGAUUUCCAGAAGGCCUUCGACUCGGUCUCUAGGGACUUUCUGUUCCAGGUGCUGGGGUCCAUGGGUUUCCCGGAGCGGUUUGUUGGAUGGGUUAAAGGCCUGCAUGAGGGUACAACAACGAAGCUGUUAAUCAAUGGUUGGCUCGGCGAAGGUGUGGACGUGGUGUCCGGGGUGAGACAAGGCUGUCCCCUGGCACCUUACCUCUUUCUGUGCGCUGUGGAGCCGCUGGCUCUGGAGGUGGAACGAAGGGAGCUCGGUCUGGAGAAGGAUGGGCACCGGCUGGGGUAUCUUGGUUAUGCGGACGAUACGACGCUGGUCCUGCAAGGGGAAGCACAAAUCAGUCAGGCAGAGGAAAUCCUAGAUCGCUUCGAGAGGGUUUCGGGGUUGGCGACGAACAAGGAGAAGUCGGUGGUCUUACCAUUGGGUGCUAACAUCGGCGCAACUGGGGGAGGUAGCUUUAAGUGGGCUGGCGCGGAUGAAGCAGAGCGUCUGCUAGGUAUUUGGGUGACGCCGUCUGGAAGUGGCAGGCCGACUUGGGAGAAGGCGUGGAGCCGUAUCUCGGAGAAGCUCACCAAGUGGCAGCUGAAAUACCUGACAAUCACAGCGAGAGCAACGGUGGUCAAUUUUUACAUCACGCCGAUUCUCGCUUUUCAGGCGCAGAUCUUUCCGCCGCCUGCGGACAUCUGGCUGGAAAUCAUGCGGCUAAUACACAGCUUUACCUUGGGUAACAGAGUGGCGACGGCAAAGGGCUUCGCACUGUGGAGCAGAGAGUUGUUAUUUACCCCGAGGCUGGACGGCGGCAUUGGCGUCAGGGACCCGGAAAUCCUCAUCACCUGCUUGGCGGCAAGGAGGGUGGGGCUUUUCAUAACGGAGAAAAAUCUCAUGGAACGGGCCGCGAAGCUUCCGUUGGGGCUGGACACGUUCACUUCGCACACAAAACUGCUGAAGCACUGGGAGAACGGCAGCGCUCGGUGGAAACAGACGGUGGAGAGUUUCAUGCGCUCCCCUUUCUCUGUCAAGAACCUGGUGGGGAGCAAGGAGGAGGUGCUUCGGGAGAGAUUGGUUUUUAAUGCUGACAUACUUCUCAACGGCACCAUGUCAAAAUAG